AUGCCAGUGCCUCAAUCACAUCUUUCAACUGGUCAGCCAACCUGUUGGCAAAAAUUAAAGCUCGGUUUUAUGAUGGGUGCAGUGAUUGGUGGUGCCACAGGUGUUGUUUUAGGAUCAUUUGGUGCCUAUAAAAUGGGAUUGAGAGGAAAAGAAUUUCUUACCCAAGUAGGAAAAAUAGCAGCACAGUCAGGUGGAUCGUUUGGCGUUUUCAUGAUGGUCGCUCAGGGUAUUAGGUGUUAG